CCGCCAUGGACAGGUCCAAUGAGACCUCCCCAGUGAUGGGGUUCAUUCUCCUGGGGCUCUCAGCCCACCCAAACCUGGAGAAGGUAUUCUUUGUGCUCAUCCUACUGAUGUACCUGGUGAUCCUGCUGGGCAACGGGGUCCUCAUCCUGGUGACUAUGUCUGACUCCCGCCUGCACACGCCCAUGUACUUCUUCCUGGGGAACCUCUCCUUCCUGGACAUCUGCUACACGACCUCCUCAGUCCCCCUCAUUCUUGACAGCUUCCUGACCCCCAGGAAAACCAUCCCCUCCUCAGCCUGUGCUGUGCAGAUGUUCCUCUCCUUCGCCAUGGGAGCCACAGAGUGUGUGCUCCUGGGCAUGAUGGCGUUUGAUCGCUACGUGGCCAUCUGCAACCCCCUGAGGUACCCCGUGGUCAUGAGCAAGGCUGCCUACGUGCCCAUGGCUGUUGGCUCCUGGGCAGCUGGAAGCACCACUGCCACAGUGCAGACAUCCCUUGCGAUGAGGCUGCCCUUCUGUGGGGACAACGUCAUCAACCACUUCACCUGUGAGAUCCUGGCUGUCCUGAAGUUGGCCUGUGCUGACAUCUCCAUCAAUGUGAUCAGCAUGGCGGUGGCCAAUGUGAUCUUCCUGGCAGUCCCAGUCCUGGUCAUUUUUGUCUCCUAUGUCUUUAUCAUCGCCACCAUCCUGAGGAUCCCCUCUGCUGAGGGGAGGAAGAAGGCCUUCUCCACCUGCUCCGCUCACCUCACAGUCGUGGUCGUCUUCUACGGGACCAUCCUCUUCAUGUAUGGGAAGCCCAAGUCUAAGGACACGCAGGGGACAGACAAGCAAGACCUCCCAGACAAACUCAUCUCCCUCUUCUACGGGGUGGUGACCCCCAUGCUGAACCCCAUCAUCUACAGCCUGAGGAACAAGGACGUGAAGGCCGCCGUGAGGAACCUGGUGGCUCACAAAUGCUCCAGCCAGUGAUGGUGG